AUGCCAAAAAUUAAACAUUCACGAACCAAAAAACCACCGGAAGGUUUCGAAGACAUUGAACCAACUUUGCUAGAGUUUGCCCAGAAAAUGAAAGAUGCUGAAAAUGAACCGCAUGAAGGAAAACGACGUGUUGAAUCUCUGUGGCCAAUUUUUCGUCUGCAUCACCAAAGAUCACGGUAUAUUUAUGAUUUGUACUAUAAACGUGAAGCUAUAUCGAAGGAAGUCUAUGAUUAUUGUUUAAAACUGGGAUACGCGGACGCAAAUUUGAUUGCGAAAUGGAAGAAGCCGGGUUUUGAACGUCUUUGUUGUUUACGAUGUAUUCAACCUAAAGACACAAAUUUUGGAACGACCUGUAUAUGUCGCGUACCCAAAUCAAAACUAGAAGAAGGACGUAUUGUUGAAUGUGUUUUAUGUGGCUGCAGGGGUUGUUCAAGUACGGAUUUCACAUCUGCUAAAAAGGAUAAAUCGAAACAGAAAACGCCAGAAGAAAUAAAUAUACAACAAGAUUCAUCACAGGAAUUACAGGUAGAGCAAAUUAGUCAAACCAGUCAAAUGGAAACAUUAACAUCAUAUGAGAAAGAAGAAAAUCAAAAUGAAAGGGAAGAAUCCGAAUAA